UAUAAGCAGUAAAUUUAAAAGACAGGAAAAUAAAACACAAGGUUGACAUUUAAUCAGGACUGUUUGCUAAUGAGAUCUUUCAUCACCAUACUGGAUAUGCCAUGUGGACAGCUGAAAUUUAAGCAUUUUUUUUUUUUUUUUUUGUAAAACCAGACCUGUUAGAAGUCCACACCUACAAUCUUAAAAAUCUUGAUAUCAAGAACAGUGUUGGGUGUCUGGAAUACAUGUUCCAAGGACAAACUAGCAUUUUUGAUUAUUUAGUCCAUAAACAUGAUCCUAAACAUCCAAAAAAAAAAGAAAAAAAAUAUAUUUUUUUUUAGCAACUAAACUAAGUAAACUAAAACUAAAGUGUUAUGAAUAAAAAUAAAAACAUAUGUCACUUGCUGAUAUAUACUUUUUACAAUGUACAUGUUUAAAACAAAAAGCAUGUGACAUAUUUUCUGAAUAUUUUGUAGACUGUAUUUUAUAAAAUGUUUACAUUUUUGUGAUAUUUUCUGAAUGGGACCUAUUGGAGACAGGUUCACUUUGGGGCUGGUCGGGGGCCAAACGAGAGCUUGGAUUUAGUUGGAUGACGUGCAGGGGUGUGUUGUGGACUGCUUCUGAGAACUGCCUUUGGGAAAGAGGGUUAUCAGGAGCAGAUAAGGGCUCCAUUUAAAAGGGUUGCGUUAGGAUGAAACUGAUAAACUACUCCAAUGCCAGCUGUGGAAAGCAGAGACACAGGACUGUGCAGGAAAUAGGCAAACCAUGCUGCUGCUUGUGUUCAUUGUAUGCAUUGCCAGUGAACUUUUUACUUUGAGAGCACUUUGCAUGCCAGUUAUGGACCAGGGGCCCCAUAUCGCCCAUGGCUGGGGUGAGGUGGUCCGGCUCCGGCAUCUAUAUGCAGCCAAGUCAGGACUGCACCUACUGAUCAGUGAGGAUGGACAGAUUCACGGUUCGGCAGAUCAAACUCCUAACAGCUUGCUGGAGAUCCGACCUGUUGGUCCAGGACGUGUUGUGUUCAGAGGAGUGGCAACUACACGGUUUCUCUGCAUAGAGAGCGGCGGCAGACUGUACUCAUCUGAAGCCCACAUCCAGGAAGAUUGCACCUUCAGAGAGCAGAUCUUAGCAGACGGGUACAACGUUUACACGUCUGAUGGGCACGGAGCCCUCCUCAGUUUUGGAAACAAUCAGCAAAGACUCCAUGGCUUAGACCGUGGUGCUCCAGCCCUGGCUCGGUUUCUGCCAAGGCUAAACACCCUGCAACAGACCGUCCCCACUGGACUGGAUAUUCCCGAUCAGAUCAUUCCAGAACAAGCAGAAGACACUGUGGACACAGUAGGCUCAUUUGGAAAGCUCUCCCAGACAAUUCACAGUCCUAGCUUCCAGAAGAGAUGAAGUAGCAGGUCUAAGACAGCUGUGAAGGGAUGUGUCCAGGAAUGUCCAAGCACUACCCCCUGCAUGUUUUAAAUUCAUGGACAGACACGAGGUCCAACUGGUCAGCCCAAAGAAAGGCAUGCUGAGUGGAGCUUGUAAGGACUGUAACCCUCCAUCCUGUAUUUGCAUCCACUGAACUAAUGUGGAAGAUGUUCAUAAUUUCUGUCCUUACAAAAGCCUUUUCCACAUGGAGAAGAAGUUUGUUUGCUCUGACAUAAGAACAAAGAAAUUAUUGAAGCGGACCGGUAAACUGGUGCAUUAGCAGAAGGCAGGCAAAGGGAAGAAACUGCACAACAUUUGUCUGAUAGUCGUAGAUUCAAUGCAGCAAGUGAAAAGCUCAGCCACUGACGAUAGAGAAACGUUUGGUGGCCCUUUAGAUAAAUGGCUCCCAUGAACUGAUCAGGACGACAAAUACCUCUUUAGGGGUUUUGCGCCUCUUAAAACACCUACAGAGAGUGUGAGUUAAUAUGUUACUAAUAGACAAAGGUGUUGUUGUUUAGCUAUACUUGUAUUUAUUUAGUUAUUUAAAUGUUUUAAAUUUAAAGCUUUGGUGUUUAUCUCCAUUUGUACUGGAUGUGUGACCAUGUCCAAUAAUGUAAGUGUUAAAACAUGUUUUGCAAUACAUUGCUAAAAUGAAGCGUUGCCAGCUAAAAUGAGAAUACUGCAUGAGAUUAAAAAAAACAUCUUUAAACAAUUGUAUAAUUUCUACACAAUUGUUUUCCUACACAUUGUUUCACAUCAUUUGAUUUAAGAUUAGACCCAUUGGAAAUACAGCAGGUAAAAGAAGUUCUGAACACAUCAAUAUUUUCUCUGUAAAUAUAUUUCUUCUAUUAACAUGAAAUUCAAACCAGAGGCUGACAACAACUAAAGCAAUGCAGACAUACAAAACAAAUCUAUAGUCCAAAAAUGUUGAACAAAUAGUGAAAAGGAUGUGUAAAAAGCCCAGAAAGGCAGGAAACCAAAUCAGUCAGGAUUUAGAAGUUAUUGUUACCUCUGUGUCCAAUAUACUAACAGAUGGGCCAUGAAAGGACUUCUCAUUAACAAAGUAUUGCACAAAGUGCUACAACUAGUAAAGUAUAGAGAGCUUCAUGAAAACUGUUACCAAACAUAAUAAUGGCAAUUUCUAGACUUCUUUUAUUUUCCCAUUGAAGCCAAAAUCUGAAAGUGGAAAGAACAUCAUUUUAUAAUAAAACCAGCAUGCCAGCCAUCCCUCAUAACAUGUCUGACAGCAGAGUCAAAAGAUGAAUUAAAACAGCUAUCCAGGGGCCAACGAGACCUAGCAGGGAACUUCAAAAAGAAAUAGCAGGUAGCACAUUUUUUCCAGUGAAAACAAAAGGUACCAUAAACAAUAUCCUCUAAGCACACACUUCGCAAGGCUCCACUGCUGAAAAAAAGGCAUGCUGAAGCUUGUUUAAAGUUUACCAAAUAAGAUUUGGAAAAGUCAAUGAAACACUGAUAUUAUGUGGUCAGAUAAAGCCCAAGCUGAACUCUUUGAAAAUCCUGGCACAUAUGCUGUUUUGAGGAAUAACUGGUCUGCACGUCACCCCAGAAACAACACGCUAAAAGUAACAUUUAAAUAAGGGAAGGCUUUUUUCACAAAUGAUUUUAUACAUUUCUUUAAGUGUGUCCAACAUUUAUUCCCUGUGUCAUUCCAACUUUCCAUUGGAAAUACAUUUGUGGAAUAGUUUGCUUGGAUGUGAUUGUAUGAGUGGAUUACUUCUGUUGUCAAAAUCAGCUGGGGAUGUCAUGGUAACUAAAAGAUUAGAACUACAUUUACUUAAAACCGUUGACACAUCCAAUACUUUACCUGCUGCUACUAUGCUUAGCUAUUCAGCACCCUGGUAGUUAAAAGUGAAGUUGAUCAGAGCCAAACACUCUCUGCUUUACAUUAAACAUCCUCUUUCCAGAACCAAAAAUCA